UCGGACUUUCAGUCCUCGCCGCAUAUCAACUCCUCACGCUCAGCAAGGCGGUCCGCUCGCAUCCGCCAACUUGAUAGAGUCGCGCGUUGUACGUACGCGAUACGCUCUUUGUUUUUCCGGUAAUUUUCGAGGAGUGACACUCGUCGCAAAUUGUGCAAAGUUGCGGAAGACGGGGCUUUGUAGGAGCUAUUACCACCUGGCCUUGAAUUUAGCCUAGUUACAUUGUUGGUUAGGAGGAGAUUACACCGAAGGGAAAUCAGGAUAAUACUUCAAAUUCUAGAAAAUGGCUACCACCCCCAUGCUUAGAUCGUUCAGUACUGACUCUGCCCGAAAACGAGACUGGAAACAAAGACUUAGUCUCAGAGAUUGCCACAGGAGAGAAGGGGAUUCCCGUAAGGGUUGCACACGCAAAUGGACCAGCCUGAAACAGAACCCGAAGGGUGGGAACAUCGUCCACGAACCCUUCGGCUCGAGUACCAGUGGCCAUUCCACCCCAUCGACGGUCAACAUGAGUCCCCUGCCGGGGGGCACGGUCGAAGGGCACAGAAAAAGUAACUGGCAGGUCAUAGAACACUUCGGGUCCAAAGAUAAGACGAGCUUGUCUUCGAGUUUGAUGGCGGUGGGAGUGUCAAGAUCAUUGCCUCUCAAAGAUUCAGACUCGGUGCCAAAUUCAAGUCCAGAACACGAAGGCAAAGAAACUGAAGCUGAUCUCCUGAUGUCACACAACAGAGUCAAUCAACCUACAGGAUUUUCAGGAAAACUGAAGAAAUUCCUCAGGAGAUUCUGCGGAAAUUUACAAUUCAAAAACGUUCAGGUGGAGAUGCUGUACCAGAGGUAUUUCCUCAAGAUGAACCAGAGCAACAUGACGAAUCUCCUAUCCCUAUUACUUCUGCUGUGCGUCGUUUUAUUGCUUCUGGCAGCAGCGGACAUGAUCUUAAUGCAUCACAGUUUCUCAUCACCUACAAGGUUGCAGAAUUCAACUACAUACAGAGGCGGUUUUGAUCCUUUGGAUAAGUCACUGGUUUUGGUGUCCACUUCUGGAUGUUGCAUAGCUAUCUACGGUGUUCUUCUGGCAGUGCUUUCGAAACCAGCCAUGAAUGAAGUUUAUCUGAUCAUUAUUUCUUACUUCAUCUUGGUGACAUUCGUCACGCUAGAGGUCUGUGUGACGGUUUUUUGCGAAGAAGAACGUCCAUUAUUGGGGACAACAUUCUCCCUCGUGUUCACGUACUUGACAUAUGCCCUGAUGCCAAUUAGACUGAAAGACGCUCUGCUGGCCGGAAUUAUACUAGCUCUUACCCAAAUGACGUUAGUUUACUACGCCGGUUAUUUGGUUGCGAUCCCAGAGAUUAGUUGCUGUCUAGCCAUCCUUUUUUGUGGGAACGUGGCAGGAAUAUGCACACACUAUCCUCGUGAGGUAGCUCAGAGGAAGGCAUUUCUGGAGACUCGACAGUGUAUAGAAGCCAGAUUGAAGAUCCAAAGGGAGAAUCAACAACAGGAACGGCUUCUACUAUCGGUUCUUCCACGACAUGUAGCCAUGGAGAUGAAAGCUGAUAUUGCUGGCAAGCCGAAGAAGGAACAGUUUCACAAAAUCUACAUUCAAAGGCACGAAAAUGUAAGCAUCCUCUUCGCCGACAUCUGUGGAUUCACCACUCUGUCCGAUCAAUGCACAGCUGAAGAGCUUGUUAGGAUUCUCAACGAAUUGUUUGCCAGAUUUGACCGGUUGGCCGCCGAACACCAUUGUCUCAGGAUAAAGCUGCUGGGCGACUGCUACUAUUGCGUUUCCGGUUUGCCAGAAGCCAGACCCGAUCAUGCUCAAUGCACUGUCGAAAUGGGACUCGACAUGAUUGAUGCCAUAGCGCUAGUUCGUGAAGUAAUGGCUGUGAAUGUCAACAUGAGGGUAGGCAUCCAUACUGGUAGAGUCCACUGUGGUGUGCUAGGGCUAAGAAAGUGGCAAUUCGACGUAUGGUCGAACGAUGUUACUCUAGCUAAUCACAUGGAAAGCGGUGGAAUACCAGGGAGAGUGCAUAUUACCAAAGAAACAUUAAAAUGUCUGGGUAAUGACUAUGUUAUUGAACCAGGACAUGGAGGAGAUAGAAACUCGUACCUGAAAGACCACAACAUUGACACGUAUCUCAUAAUUGCACCUUCCUACAGAGGAGGGUCAUCAACAUCACAUUCGCAUUCUAUGAAUGGUAAUAUUUCUAAAGAAAUGAGGAUGAUGGGUCAUGGAUCUCAACAUGGAAAACACAACAAGUUAGGUUUCAACGAGCCAACAGAAAGGGUGAAAAAUACAGAUGACGAGGUGAACGAGUAUCUGAUGAGGGCCAUCGAUGCUCGAAGUAUAGACAGACUGAGAUCGGAGCACUGCAGAAGUAUUCUGCUGAGUUUCAGAGAUUCGGUCAAAGAAGCGAAGUUUGCUUUGGAAAGGGACAGAAUGUUGAGUUUGUAUUUUUUCUGUUCAACAUUUUGCUUUGUGACCAUUUUUUUCGUACAAUCACUCAUAAUAAAAUGGAAUCUCGUUGCGUUGAUGUGUUCGCUUCCAAUCAUCUUCCUUUUGGUCUCGAUUCCUAUUUUAGUUUAUUUGAAGAACUUCAGGUUUAUCGAAGUGUGUAGCCGCCUUAAGACGUUCUCUACGUACAUCCAUCGAAAUAGAAAUAUUGCUCAAGUAUUCUCAUUUUUUAUGGCCAUAUCUAUUUAUUCAUUGGCCAUGCUGAAUACACUUUCCCUACAGUACCAAAUGGAAUGUUUGAAUCGGACAACUCAUGGAAAUAUUGAUUGUAUGAAUUCGACAAAUGCAAGUUCUAUGAGUGUUGUUUACAAAGACUGCAAAUAUUAUUUUCUAGUCGAUUAUAUCCUUUUACUCGUAGUCCUCUCAAUGAUAGCAUGUGCUGUCUACCAAGUACUCAUUUCACUAUGCAAAACAAUCAUACUCACCGGAGGAAUGAUAGGAUUCAUGGUAGUGUACCUGUCGUACUCAAAGGAUAUCAAUGAAUUGGUAUGUUUGAGUCUAAGCGAAUCAACUUUAACUCAACAGUAUUUGAAUCUAGUCAUCCUGGUGGCUUUGGUGAUAGCUCUGAUCAUUCACGGCCAACAGACUGAAGCAACCUACAGGCUCGAUUUCGUCUGGAAAUUACAAGCCACGGAGGAAAAAGAAGACAUGGAGCAUCUCGAGGCAUACAACAGAAAAUUGUUGGACAAUAUUCUACCAGUACAUGUCGCCGAGCAUUUUCUGAACAGUGAAAAAAAUAACGACGAGCUGUAUCAUGAACAAUGUGAUUUUGUUUGUGUUUUGUUCGCCUCCAUUCCGAAUUUCAGUGAGUUUUAUGUGGAAUUGGAAGGCAACAAUGAAGGUGUCGAAUGUUUGAGGCUGUUGAACGAAAUCAUAGCUGAUUUCGACGAACUGCUCUCCGAAGAGCAAUUCAAGUACAUCGAAAAAAUCAAAUCUACGGGGGCUACGUAUAUGGCUGCUUCUGGGCUGACCCAGAACACUUGUGAUAUGCAGGACUACAAGCACGUGACCGCUAUGGCAGAUUACGCCCUAAGACUGAAGGAGCAAUUAGUAGAGGUCAACGAGCACUCGUUCAACACUUUCAAGAUCCGAAUCGGGAUAAAUGUUGGUCCUGUUGUGGCAGGAGUGAUUGGCGUCAGGAAACCGCAGUAUGACAUAUGGGGAAAUGCUGUCAACGUUGCCAGCAGGAUGGAUAGCACGUGUUUACUGGAUAAAAUUCAAGUGACGAAGGAAGUUUACCAGAUUCUUCAUGCGAAGGGUUAUCCCAUGUCUUGCAGAGGGACGAUAGAAGUAAAAGGAAAAGGCUCCAUGGAAACAUUUUUCCUAGAUGGAAAAUGUCCGAAACCAGAUAUCAACAUAGUAACGAACCCAUUAGCUACUAUCGCUUCUGAAAUCAAAAAUGGACUGAAUCAUCACGGAAAUGAAAAGAGCGUUUUGGGAACCAUCGCAGAAAGAGAACCUGAAACUAACAGAACAUAAUAUUGAAAAUCUAUCGACAAAAUUUUUUCCCUCGAUGGAUACAUAUUUUUUGAUAAAUGUCUUCUGAGUUUAGAGUUGUCAAAUCAGGGAAUUAUCCACUAUCCUCUGUUGUCAAAGAACUAAUCGGCUACAACUCUCCUAUUGUUUGCUAAUUGCUUUUAGCGAAUAUAGAGAAACGUUGUAUGAGACUUCAAGGUCAGAUAUUUUUGCUAUUUCUGACACCAAACAGAGAUGUUUUCACUAUUUCAUAUAUUUUAUUUAAACUCAAUACUUUGGAAAACCAAGACUUCAUUCAAUGUUUCAAAGUAUAUGCUACAAAUGGAAAAAUGGCUUCCACUUCAUACAAAAAGCUUAUUCGAUAUCAAUUCACAUUGCACAAAAUAAAUGUACUUACGUUCAAUAUUCUCAUCCAUUUACGCUCUCUAAAGUAAAACUGUCAUUAAAUACCGAAUUCAUUUUUGAAUUUGAUAUUGACAUUAAUUCAACCCCUAAUCAUUCUCGUGUUUAUAACUUGGGAGUCUUCUGUUAGACUCUCCUUUGUUUUACUGUGAUAAUAUUUAUUGCAUUUUAGGAAGGGUUGACGAGGAUGUACCUUACUUGCAUAUGUAUACGUACAUAGGUUUUUUAUAUUUGCUAAAAGCUUCUAUUCUUGACGCUGUGUAGAUAGUGUUCAUAAUACUGAGGUUAUUUUAUUGUGAAUAAAAUGAUAUUUUAUAUAAAAAGUCUAUGAAGUUCA